AUGAAUGAGUCAGACGACCAAGAGGAAGGAAACAACACAGCCGCGAGAGACAUAGCGCUGGGCGAGCAGCUCGAUCAUCCUCCAAAUCGCAACAGUGUGCAAAACCAAACCAUCGAUGGUUUACCUAAGGAGCUGGAGCAAAUAAAUAGAGAAGUGAUGGGAGAUUUCAAUUCCAACCCAGCUCUACUUACCAAUCGAAAUCCUAUUCAUCCACCACUUCCUGGAGGAAGAAGCUAUGAGAUUUUGCCAUAG